GCAGUGUCAGUGUCGGUCGGGCCAGUGUGAACUUGACGAGAAGGCAAGAGGAGAGAAAACAGGUUCCUUGACGUCAGCCACGUUUGAUUUUAGUCGACCAAGAUGGCGGAGGUGAGCGGGUUGAGAAACAGAAAUCACUUCGAAACAAACUGCAAAAGCCACGUCGCCGACAAAGGGGUAAGUGGUGUGGAAGAUGUCCCCAUUUUACGGCAUAAGCAGAGGCCUCCUGUAGCCAGGCCUGAACUCCUGGAUGAUGAAGAAGACGGCGGCCAGACACUGCUGUUCAGGACACAGGUCUCAGAUUCAGGCAGAAAUGCCAGCCUCACCCCCUCAGCGGAGGAAGAAAUCGAAGAGAAAAAAGCUGCAGUUGAAGAAGACAAGGCCGGUCCCGUCCAAAUUGUCCUGGCCAAUGAGGAUGAGCACAGCUUUGAGCUGGACGCAGCAGCACUGGAGAAGAUCCUGCUGCAGCCUCAUAUCAAGGACUUGAAUGUGGUGGUUGUGUCUGUGGCCGGGGCCUUUCGCAAGGGCAAGUCCUUCCUGUUGGACUUCAUGCUCCGCUACAUGCACAACCAGGAAAGUGAUUCAUGGAUUGGAGGAGAUGAUGAGCCACUGACAGGGUUCACCUGGAGAGGAGGCUGUGAGAGGGAGACCACAGGCAUCCAGGUCUGGAGCAAAGUGUUUGUGGUCGACAAACCCGAUGGCACAAAGGUUGCAGUACUGCUAGUUGACACCCAGGGGGCGUUUGACAGCCAAUCCACCAUCAAGGACUGUGCCACUGUGUUUGCCCUCAGCACAAUGACGAGCUCUGUACAGGUGUACAAUCUUUCCCAAAACAUACAGGAAGACGACCUCCAACAUUUGCAGCUCUUCACAGAAUAUGGUCGGUUGGCAAUGGAGGAGAUUUACCUGAAACCUUUCCAGUCGCUGAUGUUCCUGAUUCGAGACUGGAGUUACCCCUACGAACACGACUAUGGUCUGGAAGGAGGCAACACCUUCCUGGAGAGAAGACUUCAAGUAAAGCAGAACCAGCAUGAGGAGUUGCAGAACGUGAGGAAGCACAUCCACUCCUGCUUCUCCAACAUUGGCUGCUUCCUCCUGCCUCACCCUGGGCUCAAAGUGGCCACUAACCCGUACUUUGACGGCAGGCUCCGAGACAUUGACAGUGAUUUCAAGCGGGAGCUUGCAAAGCUGGUGCCUCUCCUCCUGGCACCAGAUAGACUGGUGGAAAAGGAGAUAGGAGGCAACAAAGUCACCUGCAGAGAUCUCCUGGAGUACUUCAAGGCCUACAUAAAGAUCUACCAAGGAGAAGAGCUGCCUCACCCCAAGUCCAUGCUGCAGGCGACAGCAGAAGCCAACAAUCUGACUGCUGUGGCAGGAGCCAAAGACUUGUACUGCAAGAACAUGGAGACGAUCUGUGGAGGGGACAAGCCAUACAUCGCCCCGGCCGACCUGGAGCGCUGCCAUGAAGAGUUCCGCAGCUGCUCGGUGCGGAACUUCCGCUCAGUGAAGAAGAUGGGCGGCGAGGAGUUCUGUCAACGCUACCAGAACCAGCUGGAGGCUGAGCUGGACGAGGCCUUCGCCAACUUCUCAAAGCACAACGACGGCAAAAAUAUCUUCUAUGCCGCACGCACGCCCGCCACGCUCUUUGCUGUCAUGUUUGUCACCUACGUGGUGUCGGGGGUGACGGGGUUCUUGGGCCUGUCCACUUUUGCAGCGCUGGCGAACAUGGUCAUGGGCCUGGCGCUGCUGUCUCUCUGCGCCUGGGCGUAUGUGAAGUAUUCUGGAGAGUUCCGUGAAGUGGGAACGCUGAUAGACCUUGUGGCUGAAACCCUCUGGGAACAGGUGUUGAAGCCACUAAGUGAACAUUAUAUGGAAGACAACGUCAGACAGACAGUGGUUAACUCUAUCAAAGCCAGCUUGACAGAACAGGGCGCGCAGCACACCAAGUUAAAGACACACUGACCCUCCUUGUCUUCGUCUCCCCUCGUGUCCGUCACCCUCUUGCCCACUCGCUCCAUGUGUUAAGUGAACUGUGGAACUGUUCAAAACCAAAGUUUGACCCUCUUUUCCCAAAUGCCAAUUGCAACCCACUCUCUGCCUCCCUCUCUCUAAUUGCUGUAGUGGACCUGUAGGCUGUCUGCUCUGCAUCGCCCCCCAGUGCCUCAGAGGAGAAACUCCUCCAGAGGACCGCAGAGAAGCCAGCGUUGCCUCUUACCAGAGCAGGACCUGAGGAUCAGUCUUCUCCAGUGUGCCAUGUUGUGAUAGAUGCAUCAGCAGAGGCUGGUUAUUGUAACAUUCUGUAUGCAGACACUCACACCUUCACAUCAAAAUUAUACACUACUACAUGUCUGACAUCCAGCAGUACGCUGACAGCGCUCGCUUUAGGAUUCAGCGGUAAAUCAGGGAUAACUGCCACAGCUGUGAGCAGCUGUAUUCACUUGGAUGCAAACUGAAAUACUGUUCAUGCAUUUAAACAAUAUCAAUGUCUUCUCUGAAAAUGACCAGCUAGUGCGGUGUUGGGGCUUAUUCUACUUUCACUUAAGCAAAUUUCCUGUGAGCACAAGUGACUCAUCAACUUAAAAAGCUAAUCUUGGGGAUGAAAUUCAGUUUUUAACAUGAUCUGUUUGCUCGUUUUACUGAGUUUGACAGGAAAUUGACUGGAACCUUGCCGUGAAUGCACAAGCUGGGCCAUAUUGACUGACUACCAGAGAGCUGCUGAGUCUCCUCACCCAGCUCUGUAUUAAAUGGAAGGGUGCACUCAAGAUAGCAACCCUGUAUUUUUUUCUUCUGACCUACUAGGAUGUAUUUGCAUCUUUUUGCCUCCAUUCAUUCAGUUUUGCAGACCAAGUGUGGAAGGAGUGUAGACCAGAGUGUACAUGUAUAAUCUUACAGUGGGUUCUAGACAAGACCUGUGUGUUUGUUCUUCCUCUUUUAAUAUUUUGAGUGUGAACCUGAGAAGGACCGUAGGAAGCCUUGAGCCUCUCAGCUGGCUUUGUUUUAGAAGAACUGACAUGUUUUAUCUGGCCUUAGCGUGUUUAGUAGUGGACCUGCCAGAGUUUGGCCCUUUGCAUGGUGUUAAGAGCUCCUGUGUUUGUAGUAUUAAGCUAGCUAAGACCUUUUAGAACCCAGGCUUCUGUUAGUCAGCAAGCCAGGGGGAUUGUCAUUUUGUACUUUUUUUUUUUUUUUUUUUUUGGUUCAACUGCCUUCUCAUUAAAGCCACUUUCUCUUGCUCCAGUUUCUCAUAGCAUCUGUAGCACUUACAGCCUCAGUGAUGCUGCUCGCUUUUGGGAACCCCCACUUACAGCAACUUAUGGGUCGGUUUCACUGAGCACAUCCUGUCUGAGUCUGAGGGUCUCCCAGGUUAUAUUUGUGUUGAUACUUAGAUUUUAGGGAUACUGAUCUUUGUCAGCUUGUAAUCCUACUGUCCAACUUGCUGGCAACAGGUUUUUCUAGCCAUGGAUGUCUUCUUUGUAACUCUCCAAAGGAUAUUUUUGUGUGGGGCUAAGCUGUAUUUAUGUAUGAAUAACAGCUGCAGGCUCUGUAGCCUCUGAAUGAACACCUUACCUUGCAGUGUAUCUAAGGAAGUGGGAAAAGAUAAAUUGCAGUCAAGCGACUUGACUUUGAGAAUUGAUCUUGAACCCCCUCACUGAGAGCCGGGCUUCCCCAAGGCAAUUUAAUCAAACGUGUUAUUCCCUCACAAGUCGAUAGGACCUCCCUCCUAAAUUGCCCUGACUAAAUCUCGGCUCCUUAAAGAUGAAAGAAAUGUGCCCAUUUGUUUUAGGUUCAACACUUCCACUAAUGGCCAUAUCAGUUUUGUCUAAGCUCUACUGUACCAAUUCCAUCCACAACUGUCUUGCCUCAAAUGCCAGUCAUGUACAGUCUCAUUCUGUGUGUUUGUGUAUUAAACUGGGUGUGUAUGUCAGAUCAAAUAUUUAAAUAAACUUUGUAUAAAUUUUAUAGUUAAAUCUGUUGACAGUGGCUCUUGUUUUCUUUUUCUCUGAUCAACUUGAACUCAAUCUGUGGUUUGUAAAAGACUUAAGUUGUUGCUGUAGGUUUUGCUUUAGCUCUCUUUCAUUAAGUAAAAACACACGGCCCUAUCAUUUGGAUUCCACUGGGAAAAGCUUUGUUGAAUGUGACGAGUGGGUUGGAGAUACUAUCUUUUGUCUGCCUUUUAAAAUUGUUUCUGGUAAUUUAUUUUUGAAUAAAAUGUUUACCUUAAGAAUAAAUCAUCCAUACAAUGAA